AUGGGCUAUUCUCCGAUUCCUCCACAAGCAUACACUUCUGUAUUAAAGUUCACUAUUGAUGGGCGACCUUCUGUCAAGGAUAUCCAUGAUCUAUUUUCCGCAUUAAUAACUCAGUUGAACUUUAGUACACAUCGAUAUAUGUUCCGUACUUAUACAAACUCUUUCACGUCAGAAGACGCCUUAGAGCGUUUAAGCUCUCUUCAAUUUAACAAAUCAACCGACGAUCAAGGAGCUCAGUCGCGUAAUAUUACAAGAAUCACAACCACUACGUUCAAUAUGAAUAGAGACAUGGCAAAAGCCCUAAUCCAGCAAUUCAUUUGGACUCGACUGAUGGAAAGUUCUUUUGACCCAACAAAUCGUACCUACAAAGAUAAAGGUAUCUGGAGACUUACUUCCAAAGGCUUAUGCAUUCUUCAAGACUUCUGUCUGAAGAAUGGUAUCGAUUGGGAGCAAUUUAUUAGCGUGGUGAAUGUCACAUCCCAGUUGAUGUUCCUCAUUCAAGUAGAACGUUUAUCUGAGAACGAUCGUAUCAGCUGCAAGAGAAAGCAUAUUUCAUCACUUUUUGUUAUGAUGAUUGCAAGUUUACCACUACGCCAAAACAGACAAAGCGAGUCAAACAAAAUUGCGGGUUAUCAUCAAUCACACACACGCUCCCUUCAGGAUAAUGGCUUAGAUGAUACACACUCUGUUUAUUCACAUGAUUCCGACUCCACAUCCUCUCCACUAAGCACUAGAUCUUCUCGUCAGCCACAGUUUUUUGAUUAUUUUCCGGAUGCUACAACGUUGCCCAAUGAUUUACUAGUCGGUACAGGUUUGAAACAACCUCAUCAAAAUAAUAAGGUCAUAUUUCAACAACACAAAGCUCUGUUACAGAACUUGAACCUAACGUAUAAUCGAUUCAGAAUGCGAGCUAUAUUUACAUCUUUCUUAUGUUGUACAUGGUUGAUCGAAAAUUGUACCUUUGCAUCAACCGACGAAGUGGAAGGUUUGUUGACAGAUUUUCUCAAUAUGGGUUGGGUUGAUUUCUACAACAAAAAAGAUAAAGAACUUGGUUAUGUUGAGUCUUCAAAGUCAAUACUACUCAACAUGACUAGGGAAGGUAUUAAUGUUGUAAUGGACUAUGCUCGUAAGAGAUAUAAUGAAUUCCAGCAAAAAGUUGAAGGUCAGUUUAACAGCAUUGCAACACUUGAAACGAGGCUUUCGACAGUCUCGUUGACUUCAGAAGAAAUUUACAGCGAACCACACCACCAACUCACUCCUUCGGACAGCAUCAGAAUACAUUCGAAUAUAAGUACUCCACCACUAACUCCUACCACUCCUGCUACAUCUACAUCUGAUAUCUGUUCAAUAAAAGAGGGUAACUCAUGUAGACUUCAAUCAAUUCUCAGAAACUCACAAUUAAGAUCUAUUUUUAAAGACUUUCUUGCCAAUAACUUUUGUGUCGAAAAUCUCAACUUUUGGAUUGAUCAUGAUAACCUUCGCAGAAAUUACCAACGACAAAAGACCAAUAUGACAUCAAAUAGUCAACGCUUACUUUUAGAAGAUGCAUAUACUCUUUGGAAUGCCUAUUUAAAACCAGGAGCUGCGCAUGAAUUAAACAUUGACCAUAACACGAGAGAACAAAUGACAGAAGAGAUAUCGUACAUGGCAUCUAUCGUUCACACUUACUCAUUGGGUAACUCAACAAAGCCAAAAGUGGUUAUGUUGGCACAUGCCACUUAUGCUAAUCUUAUGACAAUAUUGAAUUGGCUCGAAAGAGUGAAUGAACAAAUUUGCAAGCUUAUGGCAACGGAUUCCAUUCCCAAAUUUGUUCGUACAGCUGAGUAUAAGCAGGUAGUUCGUAGUCUGGAUAUUGCACCAAUGCAACUCAAGCAAAAAAAACCUGAAAAGCUUUCUAUUGUCACUAAGGAUAUCUAUGACUUCCCAUCUCCACCGCAACGAAAAGUAAAAGAAACAAUCUAUCUAUAA